UUCUCUUUGUCGUACAUUUUUUCCUCUGCUUCUUCUUCUUUUUCUUGUAUUUCUUCUGCAACUUUAUUAUUUCCUCUGCAACAGAUAGAUAGACCAAUUAGGCAACGGUAUCUCUCACGAACUCUCACACUCAGUGGUGUCGGUAGUAAUGACGAUGGAGUCGACGGAGUCGUGCGUUCCACCAGGUUUCAGGUUCCAUCCAACGGAUGAGGAGCUGGUCGGGUAUUAUCUGAAGAAGAAGGUUGCCUCGCAGAAGAUCGAUCUCGAUGUCAUCAGAGACAUCGAUCUUUAUAGAAUCGAACCAUGGGACCUGCAAGAGAGGUGCCGGAUCGGUUAUGAGGAGCAGAACGAGUGGUAUUUUUUCAGCCACAAGGAUAAAAAGUACCCAACUGGGACCAGGACGAACAGGGCCACCAUGGCCGGUUUCUGGAAGGCCACCGGUAGAGACAAGGCGGUGUACGACAAGGUGCGGCUCAUCGGCAUGAGGAAAACACUCGUCUUCUACAAGGGUAGGGCACCCAACGGACAGAAAACUGACUGGAUCAUGCACGAGUACAGGCUCGAGUCCGAUGAGAAUGGACCUCCGAAGGAGGAAGGAUGGGUCGUUUGCCGAGCAUUCAAGAAACGAACGAGUCAAACGAGAAGCAACGAAGGAUGGGAGUCGGGUUACCUCUAUGAUGAAACGAGUGGCGUCAGCUCCAUUGUCGAUCCAAUUGAUUACAUCCCAAGGCCGCAGCAUCGAAACUUUGUAUGUAAGCAGGAGAUCGACGCCGAUAAUCUAAAUCUUUUGCACUCCGAUACUUUUGUACAGCUUCCUCAGCUAGAGAGCCCAUCUCUACCUUUAAUAAAGAGGCCAAGCUUAACAUCCAUGGUGUUAACGGUGAGCAAUGAAGAUGAAGAGCCAAUGAGAAGGUGUAAAAACACAGAGAAAGUAACUGAUUGGAGGGCCCUUGACAAGUUCGUUGCUUCUCAAUUGAGUCAAGGAGAGAGAUAUGAUGGUGAAGGCAUCUCAAACUUUGGAGUUCAUCACAGUUCCGAUAUGGCAUUGCUUUUAUUGCAGAGCAAUAGGGAAGAAGGGAACAAGUUUAAUGGGUUCUUCGGCUCGAGCUCAGACUGUGACAUUGGCAUUUGCGUAUUUGAUAAAUGAAUGGAGAAGAAAUUAAAAGAGCAGAGAGCAUUAAGUGGAGAGGUGUCAUUACUUGUUUUAAUUUUUGUGUUUUAGGGUUGGUGGAACUUGGAGGCUUACGUAUUCUGUAAGGAUAUGGCUAUGGAUGUGUGAAAAAAAAGGGAAAAGAAAGAACCUCUCUCUCUCUCUCUCUCUCUUAAUAUGGCUUUUUUCCUUUUAGAGCAUGAACUCUUGGACCUCUGUGUUGUUGGGUCGAUAUGUAUAUACAGUAUGGUUGCAGUGAUACAGUUAAUUCCACACAUCAUUAGGCUAUAGCCAA